AUGGAUUCCCGCCCAGGAUUUUCCUCCAUGAAGGGAUACGGAGGCUGCACGGGUGUUGACAAGUAUCCAUCCGGAUGGGAUGAUCAAUUCUCUGCCGGAGUGAAGACUAUUGCCGUCAUCGCCGUGCCGGAGGGAGUCUUGCAGCUCGGCUCCAGUCGAUCGAUGCCAGAGGAUUUGAAAUUCGUGUCACACAUCCGCUCUCUCUUCGCUGCGCUUCAAACAGUUCCCGGAGCGUUUCUAUCCGAUCUCUUCACCGACAAUGCUCUGAAAGCGAAAUCUUUUCCCACGCCGGACGCGACCGCGCUUGCAGCCGCCGGAUUUCCUCCCGACAUCGCCGCGUCUCUUGGCAAUCCCAACCCGCAGUCCAGUUUCCUCGGCGUCUCUUUCCCCGGGGCUCUCAGCCGUCGUUCAGUCCAGUCUAACCCGCCAAGCCAACAGAUGCCUGUUCCUGCUGCGGCUGCUCCUCCUUCCGCUCCAGCUCCAUCUCGUUCGCUCGCGGGAAAUCAGCUGGCCGCCUCCUCGCCGUCGGAUCUCUUCAGCAUUCUCGGCAUCCCUUCUGACUGCCGUGCCGACGACCAGAACGCUUCUCGGUUUCUGGGAUCCGCGGCUCUGAAGCCGCCAGCGGACCCGAAACAAGAAGCAGCAUCGUUGAGUGACUACCCGAGCACGGCAAAGCGAGUGAAGGUCGCUCCGGAGAGGACGACUCGUGCCUCCGUCGCCAUUAACCAGAUUCAGCUCAACUUCUUCGACUCGGACCUCCCUCUAGGCGGUCCGACUCUUCCCUCCCAUUCGCUGAGUCACAGCCCUGUGGAACGUACGCAGAUGUCGUCCCGACAGUCGUCUCCGGCGGAAGCUUCCGCGCACGUUCUCGGCCCGUCUGGCGAGUUGCUGGGAGGAGCGGAGGCGGGAGCGGGAGCGGGAGCGGGAGCGGCGAAGCGGAAGGCGGUGGUGGAUCUGGAGAAGGAGCUCCGCAUGUUCCACGACCAGUUCCUCAACGACGCCUCACCGUCCCUCGCCAACCACCCCUCCGCCAACCUCCCCUCCGCCAGCUCCGCCGCGCAGAAGCGCAUCCCACCGGGUGCUGCGUCCGAGCGCGCGACCGCGCGGAGAAGCCUUGGUGUUGCCGGCGGCUUCGCGGGUCUGGACGAGCAGCUCCUCGCGGGCAUGACUGCGAGCGGAAUGACUGCGAGCGGCAUGACCGCGAGCGGCAUGGCUGGCAGUCGGAACGGGAACGCUGCUGCGCGGGCGUCUCAGUUCAACAGCACCGGCGGUGAAGCGCUGGGGUCUUCGUCCGCGUUUGGCGGCGCAGAUGAGCUCGCGCAGGCCCUGGGACUGCACUUCACAGGCCAGUUGCCCAUUGACUUGGCGGAUUUGGCUGACCUGGCUAACUUGGCGGACAUUGGCGCGAACCAAGUGUCUGCCAACGGUCAGUUGGGAAGUGGAAUGAGCCGCGGCGUGUUCGACCAGGCCGCGGCUGUUGGAGGCGCUAGGUGCGGUGAUGGUGCGUCGAGGGGAGGGUUCUCCAUGGCUUCAGGGCUGCCGCAACCACAGAAGCUGCAGCACAGGGGUGAAGCGGCCGCUGCUGCCGGUAGUGCUCUCGGGUUUGACGAGCUGAGUGCGUCGGCGAGCAGGGCAGGCGCACUGAACGGCGGUGUGGGGUCGGGGAUGGGGGUGGCGGCGGGAGCGGGGGCGAGGGCGGGAGCGGGAGCGGGGAUGGGGAACAGCCUUGCGGAAAUGGAACGGAUGGCGACUCUGGAAGCUCUCAUGCGGACCUCGGGGCUGCUGCCCCGCCUGAGCCUCGCUGAGCUGCAGCAAAGCCAAGUCCUCGGGACACGCAACUCAGUGGGCGGAGCUGCUGCUGCAGCGGAAGCAGCCAGUGCUGGGAUGGCGUCAGGCGCAAAGCUUGGGAGCCUGCCUGGGCUUCAGAGCAGGACCAGCGUUGCUGGCAAAGCUGCUGGCGAUAGUGGAAGAGGUGCGAGAAGCGUGGAGCCCAAUGGAAAGAGCGUGUUCCAGUCUGAGACUGCGUUCAAGGCCUUGCCAGACCGGUCAGCGAACGCUGGUGUGCAGGAGGAGCUAUGUGGUGGUGCUGCCGCUGCUGCUGGGAAGGAGGAGAAGAAGGGGACGAAGAAGAGGGGGAGGGAGGAGAAGCCCAAGCAGAGGCCUCGAGAUAGGCAGCUGAUUCAAGAUCGUGUGAAGGAUUUGCGAGGGAUAGUGCCAAACUCUGAAAGGCUGAGCAUUGAUGGACUGCUGGAGCGCACAAUCCAACAUCUUGUAUUCCUGAGGGAAUUCUCGGCUCUCCGUGCAGACAUUGACAAAGGCCAAGCAAUGCUGGCGGAGAAGAGUUUUGAUGAAUGUAUCAGUGAAAGCCCGGUAUCUGUGCAUCAACUUUCGCCAACUCUGGUUCAAAUUAAGGUCGAGUGGAUUGGUAGCACUGUGCCGAUUGACCUUGCUGAUGGACUUCGCCAGAUUGGGCUGGUGGUUCGCAAGUCAUCAGUGAAGUCCUCUGGUGGUCGUGUCAAGGCACACAUCAUUGCUGAGUGCAAGCAACCUGUAGAGCGCAUGGACAUCAUGUGGCAUGUUCUCCAGCACCUGAAGGAUAGGCUGCCAGAUAUGGCGAAUGUGUUCACUGGAACUGAGAAGCAGGUGGAGACAAGGAAGCUAGAUGCUGUGUUUGAUCCAGCAGAUUCUUGCCAGCAGGUGGUGUAUCCAGUUGGGGUAAUGUCAGCUUGA